AUGGUAGUCUACGCUGUUGCCAAUGGUUUCAAAACUGGUGUAUUCAAGAAAUGGGAUGAAGCUAAGAAGAAUAUCGAUGACUUCCCUCAACCAGUCUAUAAGAAGUUCGAAACAGAAGAAGAGGCUAAUGAAUUUCUGGAACAGAGAACACCACGCACUGUUCAAGAAAACUUUCCCGAAGAGGAUGAUUUCAAAACUUUCUACACAGUAGCUAGAGGUUAUGACAUUGGCAUCUUCGGCGAUUAUAAAUCGGUGGAAAAAUCUAUCAAGGACUACCCACAACCCUUGCAUAAGAAGUUCACCAAGUUAGAUGAAGCUAUCGCUUAUUACAAUCGAUUUCAAAAGGGAAUAGGAGCUGAGACAACUUCUCCCAAAACAGUUAAAAAGAACGCUGUAAAAGAAGAGAAAGCAAAGGCGUACUAUGCCGUUGCUCGUGGUCACAAGACUGGAGUCUAUCUUACUUGGGAAGAAUGCAAACAGCAGACAACUGAUUUCAAAGGCGCUAAGUUUAAAAAGUUUGAUAAUGAAGGCGACGCCCAGUUAUUCGCUGAAGGAAAGACUCUAAAGCAGAUAGAGGAAGCGAAAGCUCCUAAGAGAAAGUCAACUGGUGAUGAUGGCCAAGACGAAGAACCUGAAGUUAAGAAGUCAGCAUAA